AUGGACUCGGCAAGCGCUUGGAACCGUUCAGAAAACAAACCUCACGGUCGACGUCUCACCAAGAAUCCCCCAUCAACCAGGGCGCCGCAUUUUGUAUCACCAGGCCUUCCCUCCGCCAAAUCGUGGUCUUCCGGAUCGAUCCAGAGGGCUCCGUCGGCUCCUGUGCUUCCUAGGUCAACGCAUGGGAAGUCGACUGGCGGACACCAGCGAACUCCCACAUCUCCCAAUCCGCAGGCCUUUUCAUCCUCUUCCUCCUCGUUGGAGCAAACAAACCCCUCACCGCAGCUCAAACAAGACGGGUUCCGACAGCAGGGGCAAUCUAACCUAUCAAUACAGCACUUCAAUCAACUUGGGGUAAGCUCGCGACCCGUUUCCGGGAGGCUCUCUGAGGAAUCGACAUCUGGGGGCUCCGGGGUUGAGACCUCAUCCAGAAGGAACACACUACGACGACCACCUCCGCCUCCACUCGCCCACCCCAAUACCAGCGCGAUGACCACCGCAUCCUCCAGACCACAAUUACGACAGUCAAACAGUUUCACGAUGGGCGAACGUGCUACUUCCCCACCCGGCCCGCCAAAGUCUUAUGCUACGGGCUCCGCAGGCACUUUGAGCCCCAAGCGCAAUUCGGACGAAGUCAGAACACAGGCUCCGCCAAGUGCUAAGACGAAGACUGGUUUCUCUAAAUUUAUGAACAGUAUGUUGGGCUCGCCAAAGAGGAUCGAGAUCUCGAAUCCCUCCAAUCCGGUCCAUGUGACCCAUGUCGGCUUUAACUUUAUCACUGGGGAGUUUACAGUAUGCAAACCCUCCAGAGCUUGGAUUCUUCCCUUCCAUCUGCACCUCCUAGUGUUUUCUCACAUUUUCUCUUGCGUAUAGGGACUGCCGAAGGAAUGGCAACGGAUGUUACAGGAGAGCGGCAUAACAAAGAAGGAGCAGGAGCAAAAUCCUCAGGCUGUUAUGGACAUUGUAGCUUUUUAUAGUGACGUUAGCGGUGGGAAGGGGGACGAGGGUGUUUGGAAGAAGAUCCCCCAGCAGGAUUCGCAUGGACUUGGCCUGCCUGGGCAGAUGACACCCGGGCCGUCUCCCCUACUCGGCACUCCGUUAAUGAGUCCUCCUAUUAGCCCCCGAUUCCCGCCAAACCAUGAGCACAGCUUUGAGAAUCCCCGUGCUCCUCCACCGAUUCCGGCAGGUCAAAAGUCACGCGGUGGUCAGCUUUCCCCAGGACUUCCCCGGGGCGGACCCAGCGAUAUACUUAUCCCCACACGUCCGGCGCCGCGCCCGCCGGCUUCUCCACCCAGGGAGCCGGGGCACAUCAGUCCCUACUUGUCAAGGGCAGCCCAACCUGCCCCCCCGCUUCCCCAACCUUCGUAUCAAGUGUCUCCCAUCGAAAAAUUACAGCAGGAUACCUACCAGCCGCACGAGGAGACUCGAGCGGCACCCGUGCCUACCCCUGUCACCGUUCACCAGAGCCCAAGGAUACCUAGGGAGCCAUCGCCUCCGAGGUCAAAUGAUCCCUUCAGAAACGGGCCCUUCGAAUCCAACGGUUCUAAGGUGAAGCAGUCACCCGCGCCACAACAAACUCAUUUCCAGCAACCCAUGAUCCAGCACCAGAAUGCUUCCCCAACUAUUCAGCAGGGUCCUACUCGUGCUCCCACAGCUGCCUCUGGGCAGGUUGUUCAAGCCCAGGCAGCCUCUGGUGGAAAUGUUGGACCUGUCCCUGUACAGAGACGUCAACACAGGAAGCAGCCGAGCAAGGAUAUCGAUAUUGUGUCUCGUUUGAAUGCUAUCUGUACCAAUGCUGACCCUACCAAACUCUAUCGCAGCCUGAACAAGAUCGGUCAGGGGGCAUCCGGCGGUGUAUACACGGCUUAUCAGGUUGGCUCAAACCGGUCCGUUGCCAUCAAGCAGAUGAAUCUUGAGCAACAGCCCAAGAAGGAUCUUAUUAUCAACGAAAUUCUGGUCAUGAAGGAUAGCAAGCACAAGAAUAUUGUCAAUUUUAUGGACAGUUUCUUGCACAGGGGCGAUCUUUGGGUUGUAAUGGAGUACAUGGAGGGUGGAAGUUUGACCGAUGUGGUUACCUUCAAUAUCAUGACGGAAGGCCAGAUCGCUGCAGUUUGUCGUGAGGUUGGUGACUCGUAUGUGAAUCCAUUGAAACUUCUAAUGCUAAUUGUUCGUAGACCUUGCAAGGGUUGCAGCAUCUUCACUCGAAAGGCGUAAUCCAUAGGGAUAUUAAGUCUGACAACAUCCUCUUGUCGCUGGAGGGCCAUAUCAAAUUGAGUGAGUGGAUAUCGUUGGUUGUUCGGGUGGGACUUCUAGUGGCUAACCUAACUCGGUAUAACAGCCGACUUCGGUUUUUGCGCUCAGAUAAAUGAGGCCAUGAUGAAACGUACUACAAUGGUUGGUACUCCGUACUGGAUGGCACCCGAGGUCGUCACUAGGAAGGAGUAUGGGCGCAAAGUCGAUAUCUGGAGCUUGGGAAUUAUGGCGAUCGAGAUGAUCGAGGGUGAACCGCCUUACUUGACGGAAUCGCCUUUGCGUGCAUUGUACUUGAUCGCGACAAACGGUACUCCUAGACUCAAGGAACCGGAUCAAUUGUCGGGCGAACUCAAGGACUUUUUACACUCCGCGUUGGAAGUCAGCCCGGAUCGUAGGGCUUCCGCUGGUGAACUCCUUCAGGCAUGUUAUAAUGACUCUAGCAUUGCUUCUUGUUUCAUUGUAGCUGACGAAUGCAUGUAGCAUAUGUUCCUUCAAACCGCGGAUCCGUUGGCCAGUUUGGCACCUCUCGUUAGAGCUGCGCGUCAGGCUAGAGCGCAGGAACGACAGAGGGGCUGAGUGGUGCACAGCGAUUUAUCCUACGAGCUCAUGUUUGACGGCGUCAGGCGGAUUGUAAUCGGAAAAAAAAAAAUUAAUUGAAAAAAGUGUUCUUAGCGAAGGGAACUGUCUAGCUGGUUGGCUGGCUUGUUAUGGUUGGAUCUUUGGGUAUUUCUUUUACAUAGAAGACGGGUGGAAUUAUUCGAUGUGGGCGGUGGGUACGGUAAUUCGUUUUCAUCUCUUAUGGUAUUUGUACUCGGAGGCUUUUCUUUUUCACUUUUGUCCACCAUUCUGUUUCCUUUCUCUCUCGUCUAGCUCUUUUGGGGGAGAUUAUUUCGAGGACACUCUACUCUUCAAUUUUUUUCUCCUUUCACCCUUCUUGCUUCCUCCCUCUUGAGCGAUACUGGUGCCCCUUGACACUCUCAUUGUGCGUGUUUGUUGGUGAUUUUCACCCUCCGCCUUUUCAGCCUUUGCGGCAACGGGUAACGUUGUGGAUACCAUAGGCGUUGAUUACGAGAAAUUUCGUAAAAUGGGAUGGCUACCUCCACGUCGCGUGCCGGCAUCUAGACCGAACGAAGGAUAUUGUUAUGAGAGCACGGGUAAUGCGUGAUUCCUCUAAUGAACACCUUGACCGCCACACCCAUCUACCGGUCUCGGACGGCAUUCGGGGCCACGUCAGCCUGGAUCGAUUGUUGUGAUGAAUGGCGCCAAGGUGUAAUUUCCUUGAUAUUGGGGGGGAGUGAUACACGGUAUCUUAUCUGAUAGUCAUAAUAUGUCACUCGAUCCAGGUAGGGG